GAGAGGUCAGGUCUCGCGCAAGUCGUCGUUCUGAUGAUCCGAUCGUGAUACACAACGGUUUUUCUUCGCGUGUUUGGCCGCGCGUUUUCCUUUCGCUCUCAUGCUACGCAAGAAAUAACGCACGGGUGACAACGUAUCUGCCGACAGUUUUGUCGUAACGCGCGCACUUGGCGUUCGGUUUGUCGCCUGGCUAUCGUGUCUCACGCCCAACCGAGUCGAGGGACGAUAACCUAAUUCGUCGACGAUUACGUGGACGGUUGCUUAAUUUGCCCGUAGGACACACACGGAAAAAUGGAGAAGAACAUAGGUCUUCAUGCGGCUCAACCUUCGGCUCCUCUACCAACGGCUCCGCCGUCUUACGAGGAAGCCAUAGCUAACACAGGAGGAGCACCACCAGUUCUUCCCACACCAUACCCCUUGGGAAACACGCCAAUACAAAUGCCUAUGCCAUACAGUCAGCCGCCAAAUCAAACAACAAUGCCUACACCGUCAGUUUACCCGGGCUCGAGCCAAUCAACAUCACAACCGCGGAGUUUCAACGCGGAGUUGAAUUCCGUACCGCAGACGGAAGUACGGGUCAUUCAACAACACGUAGUGUAUACUCUCGGGCCAAACGCAGUAAAAAUGACCUGUCCGACAUGUCACGCCGAUAUCAAAACUACCACAAUAUCGGAUCAUCAACCGAGCGCUCACAUUUGCUGCAUUGUACUUUGCUUACUUGGAUGCUGCCUCUGUUCAUGCCUGCCAUACUGUAUGAAUGCUUUCAUGAGCGUUCAUCACUUCUGUCCAAACUGCAAAAAUUAUAUUGGCACGUGGAAAGGUUGAUUUUAAAAUUACAAGUGCGAAUUACAUUUAGAUUCCAGCCUCCCGUGUAUCGAGAUGCUUUACAAAUUUAUAAAGAGCUGAUCGAUAUCCCUUCGCUUAUCACACAGGACAGGAAAGAAGAAUCGUUAAGAGUGUAAGUUACAUAUUCUUACGUGAUUCUUCAAACUUAAAAAGAUCAUUGCAUUAUAAUACGCGAAUAAAAAUUUAUCGAAGUCAAGUUCUGUUUAAUCUAACAUGUGUGAAAUUUAGAAGAUAUAGAUGAGUAUAUGAACUCUAGAUUGUGACAGAUAAAAGUGACAUUGAUUAUGAAUAUCACAGACUUUUAUAUAAUAAUACUAGAUAUUUAUAUUUUAUAUUUUAAAACAUGCAAUUGUAAGGCAAGAAGUGAUACAAAGUGUGAUUUAUAAGGAAAGAAUUACAAAUAUAUUUCGGCAGACCUAAUAUACGAAGAAAAUAAUCCUUUUCUAUUUUUCUAAAUUCUUUUUUUAUUAUCUUAUUGCAAAGAAAUUUAUAAAAAAUAUUAGUUAAUUGCGUUCUGCAUAUUCAUGUGACUUUACUUUUUGCCUUUCCAGAACAUAAUAAAAUUCUCAUUAAAUUAUUUAGUUUUUUAAAUAAAAAUGUUAGAAUUAUAUACAAUAAAAAUAAAAUAUAUUAAUAUUUUAGUUGUAUAUAAAAUUAAUAUUUUUUAAUAUUUAAAUUUACGUGAUUUUAUAAUGAGAUUUACUUAAAUAGGAAUUUUAUUUGAAACAUUAUCAUUAACAUAGUACUAAUCUAGUAUAUUAUAUAGAAGUCUUUUGUGCUUUUAGAUUUUCAUUGUAAAAUAAAAAUUAUAUAUGCGAUGUCAUCGUUGGAAAGUUGGAGACGAGAAUACUUUUGGACACUUUUAUUGUUUUACGUUAUUUAAAUUUGAAUUAUUCAAAUUUGAUCUCGAAUAUUUUAGGUGUUACAAUAUAAUGUUGUAAUUAUACUAUUUUAUAAUAGUAUAUUAGUAUACUAUUUUAUAUAGUAAUUUUAUAUGCUUAAUGAAUUCAAUUAUAUUAUGAUAUUCAUAAGUAUAAACAAAGUAGACGAAAUAAUGAUAACUAUGAAAGCCGUUUUAUUUCGUGUCCAAAAUAUUAUUCUCGUGUAUUUUUAUUUUUAUAUUAUACCAAAUAUAUAACUUGGAAGAAUAGUAUUUACAAAGAAUAUAAACUAGUUUUCUUCCUAUGAAACUUGAUAUGCGGCAGCAUAAGUAUAUAUCUAAGCGUGCCUCCGCGAAUUUAGCCGAAUAUAUAUCAUAUAAGCGCAUUAUAAAAAAAUAACAUAUAUUUUUUACAAUGAAAGAAGGUUUACAAACCUCUAGCAUGAUAAGGGCAUAUAAGUUACAUUUAAUUUUUUAUUUAAAAAAUUAUUUAUAUUUAUGCAAAGAAAAUAAAACUGAUAAGCAUUAGGGCAGCAGAAGAGAAAUCUUUUAAAAGUGACUUUCGUGUCUUGCGGCAUCGUAAUCUGAUGUGUUCCAUACUUUCUUUAUCCCAAGUCAGAUUAAGAAGUAUAAUCUUGAAUAAUAUAAUUUCUCGGUGUUAGACCGAACUUUCUCUGGUUUAUAUCAUUUAAGUUUCAAUAACUGUUUCAUCAUGUGGUAUCAAUAGAUUCACGAGCAUUUAAACUUUUCCAUCUUGUAUUCUGAUAUUUUAUAUUAAAAUUUUUCUAGCAGGUUUCCACAUUUCACUGAAAAAUUACUUUUUAAUUUUUACUAAAAAAUUAAUAUGCAAUUCAAAUUUCAUAUUAGUUAUUAAUUUAAUAUACGAUUUUAUUAUUUAAUUUGUUUUUAACAGUAUAUUUAGACAGUACAAUAGAGACUGGAGAGAUAUAUUUACUGUAGGUAAAUUUAUAAUAGCAUAGUCUUAUUGAAACGUCAAGAAUUGUGAUGGAUGCAUUUGUCGAUUAUAAGUUUCGAAUUUUAAAAUCCACAAUAAGUUAGAUAAGUGAAACAGAUUGACCUGUGCAUUAUUGUUCUUACUUUCUUACAUAUAUCAUGACAUAAUUUUGCCUGUAUAUUAACCUAGAUAGCCAAACAGAUAACAUUCCACAACGAGUGAGUUUGAUGAACAGUUCAAGAGAUAUAACGCAGUAUUUCUCAAUCAUUUAAAUUUAUUUUAUAUUCAUCUUUUAUUUUUCUAAAUUUUUAUAGCUAUAGAAAAAGAAUCUAUUUUUUCAAGCAGUAUUAAAUUAGUAUUACAGUUUAGUAUUAUAGGAUAACAUCAAGCUUCCAAUAAAAGAUUUUAUGAUAUACUUGUUCAUUUUUUUAAAGAUUACUUUUGAGCGAUAGCAUUUUACAAAUAUCAAAAUGAGCAAUGCUUUAUUAAUUGAGAAACACUGCUUUGAUGAAAUUCACAAACCAAUAUAUAUAUGUGCGUGUGUGCGUGCGUGCGUGUGUGCGUGCGUGCGUGCGUGCGUGCGUGCGUGCGUGCGUGCGUGUGUGUGUGUGUGUGUGUGUGUGUGUGUGUGUGUGUGUGUGUGUGUGUGUGUGUGUGUGUGUGUAUAAUCAUAUUUUUUAUAUCUAUUUCUCUGUUAUCCCUAUGUCAAUGACUGUUAAUAAAAGUUUUGUUACUUGGUUAAAUGAUUAGCAAUUAACAACCAAUAGCAGUAACUAUUAGACACAAUCACAGAUAAAUAAAUUAAUUUUAUACUAUGUUCUUAUUUACCAUGUUCAACCAACUAUUUUUUAAAGUUCAAGAUUUAUUCACCAAAUAAUGUUUAUUUUUAUUUUGUACAGUUUCAAAGAAACAAAAUCUUAUAAUUUUAAAUAAAUUAUGCAAAUAAUAACAUUGGGGUUUUAUAUGACGUAGUUUUAAAAUACAUUAUAUGUUUUUCUAUAAUUACGAUGUAUUUUAAUUUUAUUUAAUUACUAUUAAAUGGUAGCUUAGGUCCAUUUUAUUAUUCAUUGCGAUUUAUUAAAUGUACGACAUUUGUUAAGAAUAUGUCUUCAAUGGUGCCAGAAUGUAGUAAAUAGCACAGUAUAAGUAAAUAACUAUUAAUCAUUAUUCUAAGACAUUUGUUUAUUUAGCAUGUCUUCUACGAAGAAUCUUUUUUAAUUUGAAGAAAUGUAGUACUGGAAAACACCUGAGAAUGUUUGGCAGUGAAAAAUUAAAGCUUUGCAGAGAAAUGCCAAAAUAAUAAAAA